AGGGAGGGUUGGGAAAUGUGCAGCAGCAAGGACCCGCCAAGGUGGUGGCGAGACUGCCGAGCGAAACAGAACCCGUUUCGGACUCGCAGUCACGUUUUAUCAGCGUCGCGACGCGUUGCUGCCGACGAAGUCAAAGAGGAGGACGAGGAAGAUAAGAAUAAGAAGAGAAUGUUAGAAGUGGGAAAGCACGCGCUUCUUCGUGGUCUUCUGCCGCUGAUAAUGCUGGCGACCUUGAGCGGGGCGCAAUUCCGAUGCCCCGAGCCCAAGGGUUACUUUCCGGAUCCGGAACAGUGCGAUCUUUAUUACGCCUGCCUGGACGGCCAGCCCGAGGAGAGGCUCUGCAAGGAUGGGCUCGUCUUCAGGGAUGACAACCCCAAGAAGGAGUUCUGCGACAUACCGGCAAACGUUCCCUGCGGCGACCGCACAAUUUUGCAGGACCCGCAACCUAGCAAGGGCUGCCCGCGCGCGAACGGCAUCUUCAGCCACGAGGAUCCGGCCGCGUGCGAUCGUUUCGUCAACUGCAUCGACGGAGUCGUGCAGGUGGUGCCCUGUCCACCCGGGUUGAUCUACGAGCCCAAAAUGUCGACCUGCGUCUGGCCGCAGGACUCCAGUCGCUUGUGCGAAAACCAGAAACGCGACGUCCUGGACGACGGCUUCGUAUGCCCGGACGGCGACGUCGCCGGUCCUUCCGGCAGGAUCCUGCCGCAUCCCACGUAUCCGCAUCCCGAUGAUUGCGCCAAGUUUUACAUUUGCAAGAACGGUGUAGUACCGCAGAAGGGCCAGUGCGACCCCGGCACCGUGUACAACGAAGAAAGUUUCAGGUGUACCGAACCGGAAUACGUGCAGGGAUGCGAGAAUUAUUACAAGGACAAGAACUGAAUUGGAGACCCGAGGAUGCCGCAGCUACGUGUGUAAUGCUCAUCUUUUUACUCAUAAGAACAAUAAACGCAUGUGAUAUGCACGCUUAUGUAAAAGCCGCUGCGUGAUCUUUGCGAGAGCGAUCGCGCCUUCGCCCUCCCCGCGCCGAAUUACUACCCCUUUCUCCUUUUACGUAAACAAAUUUGCCUUCGGAAAAUCCGUAAUAAAGCCGUGGCCGGUCGCGGAUCAUUAACCCGCGAAAAGAAAACCCCGCGGACUGACGAUAUCAAGUUCUAUAUAACGUCCGUUAGAUAAACUCCCUCCGCUCGAACCGGUCCGAUUUUAUAUAAUUAUCGAUUAUGUCGAAAUUUCAUUAUAAAAGCGCGUGCAUGCAAACAGUCGCCCGCAAUUCCGCGAUUAAAUAACUCAAGGAAUGAAAUUUAUUUAUUAUAUUCUGAUGAGGAAAUAAGUCUCACUCUACACGCCGUCUUAGGUAACAUCAUUUUUAG